UAGUCUAAUAACGUUCAUUUUAACAACAACCGUCUUCCAUAUUUUGCAAAAUGAAAAACAUAAACUGCUAGCACAUACACGUGCCCUCUAAGGAGCUGUUGAAAGUUUUACGAACGGAGCGAUGCCUCUUGUUCCUGCGAACCAGCCGCAGCUGAUCCGCUCCUGUCAGAAGGAUGAAUACUACCAGAACAACCUGACAAACAACGCCAAUGAGCUCUUCCACACCUUUGCUGGUUCCAGACGUUGGCUUCAGUGGAGAAAGGAAAUUGAAUUAUUAUCUGAUCUGACCUACUAUAUCCUAACAACUUUAUCAGGAUAUCAGACUCUGGGUGAGGAGUACGUCAGCAUCAUCCAGGUGGACCCAAGCAAAAGGCGAAUCCCUUCACGAAUCCGCCGGACGGCACUUAUCUGCUUUCACACGUUUGUGCCUUAUCUUUUAGACAAGGUCUUAAUCUGUGUUGAGAAUGAGCUGGAAGCUGAAGCACCUCAGAACACACGCAGAACCUGGAACCCGUUAUCACACAUGCGGUUCUGGAUCCAGAGAGCUGUGGGGCUGCUUACGGAGUCUCAGAGGAAGUCUUUGAUUCCGCUUGUGUUUGCCCUGCAGCAGGGAAUCACACUGCUGUACAGGCUACAUGUGGCGCUCUUUUACACCACUGGAGCCUUUUACCACAUUGCUAAAAGAGCUGCAGGUGUUCGUUAUCUAAGAGUGGGAAAUGCGUCCGGCGAUGACCCCAGGAUCAGUCACAGUUACCGUCUGCUGGGUGGCCUGUCUGUUCUCCAGCUGGCCAUCACUCUCACACUGCAGUUCAACAACCUCAGGCAACGACAAAGAGCUCGGCAUGAAUGGAAACAGCACAGAAACCUUCUCCCCAGUCAUCAGGUCAGUCAGUCGUCGUCUCGCACUUCACGCUGUAUCUUGUGUUUGGAGGAGCGCAGAAACACCACCAGCACUCCCUGCGGCCAUCUUUUCUGCUGGGAGUGCAUUACCGAGUGGUGCAAUACCAAGAAUGAAUGCCCGCUGUGUCGAGAGAAAUUCCAGCCUCACAGAUUGGUUUAUUUGAGAAGCUACAAGUAGACCUUGAGGUGAUCGUGAUGGAAAUUUGACUCUGUUGCUUUUUCACAUUCUCUCAGGGAUUGCAAAACAGACAGUAAUUUAAGGAUUUCAUGAUUUGGGAAUUAUUAAGUGUAUUGUUUUGUGCAAAACAAGACACUUUUACACAUUUCAAUCUGAUACAUUUUCUUUUAAUUAUGUUUAAUUUUGUAAUUAUGCAGAUGUUUACUGUAAAAAAAAAAUGCACACAUUUUCUUCAACACAAUUGUUUCAUGUUGUCUCAAUGCAAAUCAAUAACACCAUCUUAAUCCUUCUUACAAUUUUAAGUUGAUUGAAUAUAAAAACAUUUAAGUUGUCCCUAAAAA